UAAGCAAGAAACUCACAAACAAAGCCAACAAAUACACUUCCUGAACUGUGUGUACGGAUACUUUCUUCCAUCUCAGUAAACCCUAAUUCUCCACUUCCAAAUCCCAUUUCUCCUCUGAAUUAUCUCGAUUUCGAUCUCCCCAUCGCUAUGCAAGGCGAGGACGAGCCCUCCGGCAGCGCAACAAUGGUCGAAGACGAGAUCUACGACAACGGCACAAGCCCCGAUGACGAAAAGCGCAAUAGACCCAUUAUUACUGGUGAGCAGCUCGACAUUGAAGCCUAUGCCAGUCUUUACUCUGGUCGCACGAAGAUCACUCGUUUAAUCUUCAUCGCCGACCACUGCGAUGCCGAGACUAACCAGACGAUGCAGCUUGAGGCGCUUCGGAUGGCUUACGACGAGAUUAAGAAGGGCGAAAACGCUCUUUUGUUUAGGGAAGUCGUGCCGAAGAUCGAUCGGAGGUUGGGGCCUAAUUAUGGAAUGGAUGCCACUUGGUGUGAGAUGGUCGAGAGGAGGGCUGAGCAGAGGAAGGAGAAGCUCGAGAAUGAACUCAACGCAUAUAGGACUAAUUUGAUAAAGGAAAGUAUAAGGAUGGGAUAUAAUGAUUUUGGAGAUUUUUAUUAUGCUCACGGUGCACUUGGUGAUGCCUUUAAAAGCUAUGUUCGUACACGUGAUUAUUGUACGACAUCAAAGCAUAUCAUUCAUAUGUGCAUGAGCGCAAUUCUUGUCAGCAUAGAGAUGGGCCAAUUUACACAUGUCACGAGUUAUGUCAGCAAAGCAGAACAGACACCAGAGGCCCUAGAUGCAAUUACUAGCGCAAAGCUUCGCUGUGCUGCAGGAUUGGCUCACUUGGAAGCAAAGAAGUACAAACUUGCUGCUCGCAAGUUUUUGGAGACGGGUCCUGAAUUAGGAAGUCAUUACAACGAAGUGAUUGCACCUCAGGAUGUUGCAACAUAUGGUGGUCUUUGUGCACUUGCAACGUUUGACCGCUUGGAGCUAAAGUCCAAAGUUAUAGACAACGUCAACUUUCGAAAUUUCUUAGAGUUGGUUCCUGUAGUUCGAGAGCUGAUCAAUGAUUUCUAUUCGAGCCAUUAUGCAUCAUGCCUGGACUACCUUGGGAAUCUUAAACCCAACUUAUUGCUUGACAUUCAUUUACAUGACCAUGUUGAGACGCUCUACGAUCAAAUACGCCACAAGGCUCUCAUCCAAUACACUCUCCCAUUUGUAUCUGUUGAUCUCCACAUGAUGGCCAAUGCUUUUAAAACAAGUGUUACUGGUCUUGAGAAAGAGCUGGAGACACUAAUCACCAAUAAUCAAAUCCAGGCCAGAAUUGACUCACACAAUAAAAUUCUUUAUGCUCGACAUGCGGAUCAGAGGAACGCAACCUUCCAAAGGGUUCUACAGACAGGGAGCGAGUUCGAUCGUGAAGUUCGAUCGAUGCUAUUGAGAGCAAAUCUUAUCAAACACGACUAUAACCAACGAGGAGGUUCCAGGAAAAUCUGAUAUUUUUUUUUUAAUCUGGGCUGCUGGUAGGACCAUGUUUUUCUUCUUCAUUGGCUUUCAUUGUGAGCCAUGAGAGAGGUUGCAUAGAGUCAAGAAUGAGAUUAAAAUUGGAAGUUCCAUGGGAGGUGGUGUGGUGGAUUGUUAGAACACAUACAUACCGCUUGCUGGCUGCUGGUUUUGUGAAUACUGAUUUUUCUCAGUUGCAGUUAUUGAUUCUUCCAGUUUUUCCUUACAGAUUCCAGGGAAACAUGUUCAACUUUGGCUGUAAGUUGAAUAUUCCAAGUAAUGCUAGUCUCUGUCCUUUGUUUUUUUU